AAGCCCUAUUUCGAUAUAGUGGCAGUUUCCAUUGCUGUCAAAUAGUUGUCAUUGAACACUGAACAGAGGCAUACACAGAAACCUACCAGUGUGUGUCGGAGAUACACAUAUUCCAGGAAAAACUUUGCUGAUUUUUCAACUCUAAACAAGAAGUUUUUUAUGUCAGUUUUGUGGCAGUGUUGUUAGUGUAGCAAAACAGCAAGCCCUAUUUCGAUAUAGUGGCAGUUUCCAUUGCUGUCAAAUAGUUGUCAUUGAACACUGAACAGAGGCAUACACAGAAACCUACCAGUGUGUGUCGGAGAUACACAUAUUCCAGGAAAAACUUUGCUGAUUUUUCAACUCUAAACAAGAAGACACGCAAAAUGAACUUUUCACACCAGCGUGGCCCGAUGUACAAGCCGCUUUUCGAAAUAAUCCCCAACAUCCCAGAACGGGUGGACGUCGAUGCGGAGCAGCUUGGUCUGGGCUACCUGAAUAUACUACCAUAUUUCGGCAAGAUGAUUGAGCUCGGCCUGUGCGCCAAGAGCGGUGUCAAGGGGAAACUGUGCGGAAAGCUGGAAAUGCUGACCCCCGAGGGGGAAAUCGUGCUGACCCAAUGCAGCGAGAUUCUCAUCUUCGGUGCACUGACUGGGAAGAAGCUUCUCUUGGGCAUCGUCAAGGUUCCACGCACGCACGUUCUCUCCGUCUUCUGGGAAGCCGCUUCCGAUAAAGAGCCCUCGGCGGAGAACUCGCGCUCACGCUCUCACUCGCAGCCAUAGUAGCUAAAAUUCCAUAUGAUCUAUAUUUUUGGUUUUUUCGUUCAAAUACAUUUCUGGUUAACUUUUCGGCAGUCCCACAAACCCCCA